UCCGGGCGGGCGGCGGCGCAGCCAUGAAGGUGCGGCGGCAGAAGCACGCCAAGAAGAUCAUGGGCUUCUACAAGCACAACUUCCACUUCUGCCAGCCCUUCCAGGUACUGCUGGAUGGCACCUUCUGCCAGGCCGCGCUCCGCAACAAGAUCCAGAUCCGGGAGCAGCUGCCGGGGUACCUCGGCGGCAUCACGCAGCUGUGCACCACCCGAUGUGUUCUAAAAGAACUGCAAUCACUGGGGAAGGCACUGUAUGGAGCAAAAUUAAUUGCCCAAAGAUCUGAAAUUCGAAACUGUUCUCACCACAAGGAUCCUGUGAGUGGUUCAGCCUGUUUACUCUCCAUGAUUGAAGAUGGCAAUCCUCAUCACUUCUUUAUUGCUACACAGGAUCAGGAUUUAGCAAACAAAGUGAAAAAGAAGGCCGGCGUUCCUCUCCUCUUUAUUAUUCAGAACACUAUGGUGCUAGAUAAACCUUCUCCUAAAUCUUUGACGUUUGUUCAAAAGUUGCAGACAGAUCAGCUCGUUCCAGCGUACCAGAAGCAAAGUAUUGUGCAGCUUAAAGAAAAAGAAGGACUAGCUAAACAAGAAGGUGCAAAGAGAAGGAAACGUAAAAGGGCAGGUGGCCCCAAUCCUCUCAGCUGUCUGAAGAAGAAAAAGAAAACCCAAGAGGGUCAGGAGCCUUCUGCAGAGAAGAAGAAAAGAAGAAAAAGAAAACGAAAUAGGGUUAAAGCAGAAGGCAUGCAAUCAGUGCAGAAGAAUGAAGAAGAAUAAAACCCAUCUUUGUAAACAGUGCAGGAUCUGAACAUUGUUUGAACUUUGCAAAAAGAAAGAUCGAUACGUUUGUAAUCAGACUGAUAGUAUGCAUUAUUUUUUUAUGAGGCAGGACUGCUUAUUAACUGCAUCUCAACAUUUGCAGAGUCUCUUCCUAGUAAUUUAUUCUGUUGCUUAGUAAUUGGGUUUGUGACAAAAUAUGUAGGAACCCUCACUGUUCGUUAUUCUCUCCAAUGUCUUGAUUACUUCCAGAGAGUUCACAUGAUUGGUAGCAAUCUUUUAGAAACGAUUCUUGGGUUUCAUUUGGGUUUUGGUAGGAUACUAGACCUCUUUCUUCUACUGUUCUUCCUAAAACUGGUCUUGAUGGUUGUACUGUUAAAGAAUAUGCAACUACAUUAAAA